CUUUCCUAAAACUUAAUAUAUUUUUAUAAAUAAUGUAUAAGGCAACGCGCAGAAAGCUAAUAAAGAAGAAGGGGCGCGCUCCUACUAUAAAAAAGACGUCAUGUUGUGAGUUAACUGCGAUUGAGCGCGCGUUUAUUGCGGGCGCGUGCAUCGCAGGCAGUCUAUCACACAACAAUUACGCUAACCUCUUCCCCCCCAGCGUUGCCAGCAAGUCUACGAUUACUAGAACUGUACAAGGCGCGCUGCGACUGCUCGACGAUGAGCAACGCGCUCGCGUUGUGGAGCUCACUAUUGCGUCGCAGGAGAGCCAGGAGAAGGAGAGCUGGCAGGCCAUCAAGGAUGGAGACUUUGUAAGCACUGGCCUGCCAAAUUUCAGUGUAUCGCUUCACGAAAAUAUCAU